AUGGGGCCGGCACGCUGCGCCGAUGGCCGCCGAUGGCUCCUCCUCCUGAUCGUGCUCGCCGUGGCAGACUUCGGGGCGGCGCAGCAGAACCAGAACCCGCCGCCGCCGGGCGGGCAGUACUACACCAACUUCAGCCCGUCCAUGGCGAUCGUCAUCGUCGUCCUCAUCGCCGCCUUCUUCUUCCUCGGCUUCUUCUCCGUCUACAUCCGCCACUGCUACGGCGACAGCCCCUACUCGGCCACCACGCUCCCGCUCGGCGCCGGCGCGGCGGCGCGCUCGCGGCGGCAGCAGCGCGGGCUCGACCCGGCCGUCCUCGAGACCUUCCCCACCAUGGCCUACGCCGACGUCAAGGAGCACAAGGCCGUCAAGGGCGCGCUCGAGUGCGCCGUCUGCAUCAGCGAGUUCGACGACGACGAGACGCUCCGCCUCCUGCCCAAGUGCUCCCACGUCUUCCACCCGGACUGCAUCGACACCUGGCUCGCGUCCCACGUCACCUGCCCGGUCUGCCGCGCCAACCUCGUCCCCGACGCCGACGACGCCGACGCCCCGGCCGCCGGCGAUCAGCCGGCCGAGCUGUCGGGCGUCCAUCCCGCCCCGCAGCCGCAGGAAUUGCCGGCGCCUGAGGCGGAGGCGGCGCAUGCCGUCGUCAUCGACGUGGAGGAGAGCGAGGACGAGCGGAUCAUACGGGAGGAGACCGACGAGCUGACGCGCAUCGGCAGCCUGAAGCGCGCGCUGCGGUCCAAGUCCAGCCGCGGGCCCGCGCGCUUCCCGCGCUCGCACUCCACAGGCCACUCGCUCGCCACGCGAGCCAGCACCGGCACCGGCGCCGGCGCCGAGAGGUUCACGCUGCGGCUGCCGGAGAGCGUGCUCCGGGAGGUGGUCGCGGCCGGCAAGCUCCGGCGGACGAAGAGCCUCGUCGCGUUCACGGCCGGCCGCCAGGGCAGCAUGCGCCGCGCCCUCCGGCUAGGCGGCGGCGGCGGCGGCGACGGGAGCAGCCGCGGCGGGAGGAGCGUGCGGCUGGGCCAGUCCGGGCGGUGGCCAUCGUUCCUGUCGCGGACCUUCUCGGCGGCGUGGGGGUCGAGGUCGACACGGAGGGCCGAGUCGGACGGGUCGAGCAAGGGCGGGAAGCCGGCCGGCCCCGGCGGCAAGUCAGUGGAGUGCAACGACCAGGCGUGCGCGGCUGGGCAACGUGUUUAG